UCGACUGGAGCUGGGCAGGGAAGUGGAGCCAGGGCCAGUGCCCAGGGAAAGAAGCAAGGGAGUGGCUGGAGAGAGCACCUGGGGCUGUCCAGGUGGGCAGGGUGGGGGCUGGAGUGGGAGUCAGGUGGAGCAGAGCACAGAGAAGGGGCCAGGUAAGGCACAGGACAGGAAAGAGAGAAAGAGCAUGGCAAGGCAAAGUGGGACCUGAGGGGCUAAGCUAGCCAAAGGGUGCAGGAAAAGGCUCAGGUGGAGAAGAGAGCAAAAGAAGCUAGGUUCAGGGGUUUCACUGAAGCCAGGUGCACCAUUGUGAUCUCAGAGAAGGAGUAGCAGGAAUCCCUGAACAGUCCUGCUGUGGCAGAGACACAGAGGAGGUGCUGCACUGAUCUGCCCAGUUUGCACUGAGCCAGGACGUGCCCUGGAGUGGGUGCUGAAGCACAGGUCCCUCUCUAGUGAUGAGGCCAGUGUGGCAGACCCCCAGAGCCCAGAGGCUGCUGCUCCUGCUGACGCUGCUCCUAGUUCCUCAGGUGCAGGGGACCCAUCCAGAAUGCUCCAUCAUUAUGCAUUUCCAAGAGCAAGAGGCUGAGUGCCAGGAAAUAAUCAGAAGUGAAAACCAAAGCACUGAAGCUCCAGGGCCUCCCAGGUGGAAAGGCUGCCUGACAGAAUGGGAUGGUGUGAGCUGCUGGGAGGCAGCAGUGAUUGGCCAGUCCAGAACCAUGCCCUGUCCAGAGAUCCUGCAGAUGUUCAAGAAAUCUAAAGGUCUAAUACAACGGAACUGCACAGAAGCUGGGUGGAGCAGCCCCAGUCCCCCGUACUACAAGGCCUGUGAGCUGGAUGGCACCAAUAAGGACACAGAAACCAAGAAAGGCUACUUUGUCACUGUGAAAGUGCUCUAUACCUGCGGCUACUCUGCUUCCCUGGCUGCCCUGCUCUUGGCCAUUGGCAUCUUCUCCGGCUUCAGGAAGCUGCACUGCACCAGGAAUUCCAUCCACAUCCACUUCUUUACCUCUUUUAUAUUACGAGGAGCUGCUGUGUUCAUCAAAGACUCUGUGCUCUUUGCAGAUGAGUCCAUCGAUCACUGCACAAUGUCAACAGUUAACUGCAAAACAGCUAUCGUCUUCUUCCAGUACUCAGUGUUGGCCAACUUCUACUGGCUCCUGGUGGAAGGAAUGUACCUGCAGACCCUACUGCUGCUCACCUUCACCUCUGACAAGAGGUAUUUCUGGUGGUACAUCCUGAUUGGCUGGGGUGUCCCUCUGCUCACAGUGAGUGUGUGGAUCAUUACCCGGCUGCAAUAUGACAACAAAGGGUGCUGGGAUGAUUACGCCAGUCUGUACUGGUGGGUGAUCAAGGGACCCAUUCUCUUUGCCAUAUUUGUGAACUUCCUCAUAUUCCUGAACGUGAUCAGAAUGCUAGUGCAGAAGAUUCGGUCCCCCGACAUUGGCAAGAACUACAAGCAGCAGUAUAUGCGACUCACAAAAUCCACACUGCUUCUCAUCCCCCUCUUUGGGGUUCACUAUGUGGUGUUUGCCCUGUUCCCUGAACACAUUGGCGUUGAAGCAAGACUCUACUUUGAACUGGUCCUCGGCUCCUAUCAGGGGUUCCUGGUCGCUCUGCUGUACUGCUUUCUGAAUGGAGAGGUCCAGGCUGAGAUCAAGAGGAACUGGGGCAAGUGGCAGUCAUCUAUGGAGAGCAAUGUCUUCAACCUGGUAACCCAGGAUUUUACGGCGUGAGGAGGAAAUGGGCUUAGAUCUAAGGACUACUUAGCUACUCCUCAUCCUGGCACAGCAGCCCCAGUGGAACCAGUGCAGCAUCUUACAUUCCAGUUUGCCACUUGGCUUCACCUUCCUUGGCCAAACGUACAGAGAUGGGCACUGACAGAAAAGAUCUUCUAGAUCCCAGCUAGCCUGUCUCCUGGGACUGGGACCUUACAAUCCAGUUCUCUAGGGCUUUGUCCAGUCUUUGGAUCGUAGGAAAGUAGGGCUGGAAGGGACCUUAUCCAGCUGGAAGGGAGGCCAUCCAACCCAGCUUCCUGCUCAGGUCAGGACUAUCCCUUGCAACUGUCUGAGCAUCUAUAUUAAAGCCCCAGGGAAUAGGUUGUCCUUGGUUCCCCUUGAGGGGAAUUAUUUCAAAACUGGAGAUUUUGCUAUUGGGAAAAGUCUUUAGGUACUCCUUCUACAUUAUCAAUGUUAUUGCAUUCUUCCUAGUCCUCCUGCUGUGAACCUGCUUAAAAGACUUCCUCUGCCUCUGCCAUGGACCCCUGUCCUCUGUCUGUAGGCUCUCAAAGCUCUCAGGCAAUAUGUAGCUACUCCUUACAUAUCCAAGCCUCCUGUCUCCUUAGCAGUCUGGUUGCCCUUGUAAAUACAUGCCAUUUUUCUCCAUCUUUUUAAUCCUGCAUAGGACUGGCUGGUAAGUGUGAAUUCCAUGUCAUGAAAAAUGCUGAGGUUUCAACACUUGGUUGAAUGAAAACUGGACCUUGCAACACAUUUUUAAUAAAAGAGAGACAAUCCCAUCCCAAAAGAGAUGAUAGCUGGGUGGUUUCCUGGAAGGAGAUCCAGUCAGUAUUCGGGUAGUUAUCUCCUGUGCCUGUGCUCUAACCCCCAGCUAUUUCUGGGCAGCUAUGACCAGAAGAAAUUUCUUCCCAGACCUGAGAAACCUUCCUGAAGAAAACUGUGUCAACAAAUCAGCAUUUCCCCAUAGAAAAAGAUGUAUCAUUGAAAAAUUUCCAAUUAGCUCUAGGCCUUGAGCUACAGCAUGGCUGUGUCCUGAUCGGAGCUGAAUGCUGUAUUGCCAACAUGGUCUGCCCUUAGCAGGAAGUGGUAUCAAUGGUGUGGGCUGCCCUGGGCCAAACUAUUUUAAUGUACUUACUUGUACCACCAUUGUGCCUAGGAACCCUAGUCACAGGGCAGGAUUCCCCUUGUGCAAAUGCAGCAUUGCUGGCAGGGCCUGCCUGAAGCUGAACAGACUGCUGACACAGCCUGUCUGGAGUCAGAGGGGGAGAGAAGACUACAUUCAUGUUCCACAGUGUGCUACUUGCCUGGACUGUCCAUGUUUUGCUGCCAUUGUGAGUUUGUUUUUUGCAGUCCUAUUUCAGCCCUAUCACCUGCUAGAUUUUUUCUUCCCCUUUAGAUUCUUGUUCCUUGGUGGGGUUGGCCCAUUCCCAUACAACAUCCCUUUUGUUUCUUUCUGGGUUUCCUGUUCCUCUUGUUCACCUCACUGACGAUCACUGCUGCUGAUCAGGAAGUGUCUGCCCUCCACCCAGACCCUGAAGAAGUGGCUGAACACAAAACAUUUCCCUGCCUUGAUAUUUGGUUGUUUUUCUCAUGCUUGAUGCUUUUUUUUGUUUGGAGUCCUUUAAGCCAUGUCCUGGUUUCUGAGCUAGAAUUCAUACACACACCAAUUUGAAUUUUGAACCUUGCAUUCAUUUUGGGUAGCACUUGCUGUUGUGCUAGAUCCAGUACAGGGCUGAGGCUGUCAUUGUGGAAGUACCACUUUCCAGUAUCUGAAAUGGUGCCUUCUCCGCAGGUCCCAGGCUCUUGGUGUAGGGUAGAUUUCACGUGUUAUAGCAGUGAAGCUCUGACUGAGGCUCAAGAGUCACAUAAAUGCUCCUCAGUAUAUUGCUUGUGGCCCUUUGCAGAAAAUGUCAUCAGAGCUAAUUGUUUUCUUUACUGUGUGGACUGCAUUGUAUAAAGAACAUCCAUAGACCAUCUACCAGUGACACAAUGAUGGAAAUUUGCCAAACAUCUGCCCAUGGUGUCCUGCAUUAUUUCUUUUCCAUUGGACUCAUGUGUUUGCUACAGUUCAUUAGGGAUGCAGAUGCAGUGAUGAAUCUUUAGUGAGUGUUGACUGCUUAUAUGGUGCCUGAGCCAGUCAAGAUUGGAUGCUGUGGCUGUGGAGUGUAAGAUUUUGUGAGACACAGGGACGGCUUCUCAGAGAAAUAUAGCAGAGCCCAGGGACUGGGCUCUUCUGAAAAUCUAGUCUUAUGACAGGUGUGUACUGAAAUUCAUAGUCUGUCUCCUACCAAUGCUACCUACACUUAAAAAGCCCCAAUGGACUCUGCCCAAGAAAACUUCUUUGUAAAACCAUGCUAUGGAUUGCUCCUGGGUCCUUAAGCCCUUACAAUUGCUCAUCUCUGUUUUGUGGAAUUUUUCUCUAUUGCUUAUUUAGUAAAUUGUUUAAUAACUUGGGCCACAUGGACAGUUGGCCACCGCAGGACCUAAGCUGCUAGUCUAAAAGGUUCCACUUUCAUAAUCUGUAAAAGCAGCAACAAACCCCAACUUUUGGUGGACACAUUUUUGAAGUGGCUACUAUUUUGACUUGCUCCAUUUUGUGGAUGCCAAGUUUGAGGUAACAGCCAUUCUGCAUCCCAGUGGUCCCUGACUUCCUGGUUAUGAAGUCCUUUUCCCCCAGUGUUUUGCUGUCUCCCACCCACAAUGCUAAGCUAAACAUCAUUAUACAAUGCUGAUGGCUGCACUGAGCUUCAGUCCUACCAAGGACUAUUGUCUGCCAUGCUGUCUUACCUCCUCAGAAGGUGAAUGAAUAAAGACUAAACCUUCUACUGAGCCCUGCAGCCUGAGUGUGACUCUUCAAAGUGCAGGGCAAAGUGGUCCCUGCCAGCUGAUGUGUCUAUAAUUCACUCUAUAACAUAUGGAAGCCUCUGCAGCUGGCAGCAUUCAUGCCACAAUCUCAGUGGCAGCUCUCCCUUUCCAUUUCAUUGCAGCCUUGUUUGUCUGAUUUCUCUUGUUUUUCCUCAUCAGACCCAGUAACAUGGGCAUGCAGAGGUUUCUGAAUGCUGGGGAUUUCAUUGAGUUUACCGGUCACUCAUUCAUCUGAGAUUAGAGGCAUUUGCCAGUAAGAUCUUGCACUGAAAUGAAGUGUACCCUCUCUGGGGUUGAUUUACUGUACAAGCUCCCAUGCAAUGAGUAUGUGUAGUAGGCUAUGUGCAUGCAGUAAAGUAGAAGCCAGCUCAAAGCCCAUCCAGGCAUCUGAAGUACCUACAGUGUCUGGAUCUUAGGGCAAAUCCAGCCUUCUGUUUGUUCAUCCAGGGUGGCUCAAUGGAUGGGACAGCACCCUAGGGUCAGGAGAGUUAAGUUCAAGUCCCUGUAGUGCUACGGACUUCCUCUUUGCCUCAGUUUCCCUGUAUGGAAGGCAGAGAUGAUAGCUCCCCCCUGCCUUCCUAGGCCUGAGUGAGGAUAAUCAUGAAACACCAGUUUUCAGAGUCUGUGGUAACAGAAGCCUUGUAAAUACUUAAUAUAACCCUGUCUUAAGAUCUCUAUGCUGGUUAGUGGUGAGAAAAAAAAUCACUGCCCCCAACCACCACAGCUACACCAGUGCACUGCCACCUGUAAGAUGCAUCUUACCAGAAAACAGGCCCUUUUGUUAGCAUAGAUGUUCAGGGAGGUGGUUUAACUACAUGAAGGAAUUCCUCUUGCUGCUGUGGCCAGGGUCUCCACCUGCAGGAUGGACUGGGCUAGCUGACUAUGCUGGAAAGUCUUUGUAGUGUAGGCAAGCUGACCCAAUGGUAGUGCCAGAUCUGGAAGCCCCUGGCUGUUGAAGGUCUGCAUUAUGUAAUGGAAAUACAGCUGUGCAUUUACACAGAGGAGGGCAUGUCCGGUAUGAUCUCUGCCUUAUGAAUUUCUGUUUCUGUUCACUUUGAGGGUUUUUCUAUACCUUUCACUUGAGGUGAAUCCUACUGCUGUGGCUGUGGAGGCUCCCUUUGGAGAGGUGCAGUGAAUUAAGGGUGGAGCCCAGGAUAAUGGGGUGUGCAACCCAAAGGGGAGGGAAGGGGUCCUUGUGCAGCAUCAAACAGGGGCUGGGUUGGCAAAAAAUGGCCUGUGGGCCAGAUCCAUCCUGCCAAGGAUUUUUGUUCGGCCCGUGGUGGGUCCCUCGGAUGCAGGCUGCCCACUGUGGGUUUGAGGCUUCCCAGCCUGCUGUCUUCCCCCCAGGAGCCCUGCAGCUGCCCCUGCCCACCUAGCAGCAGCAGCAUGGGGCACAACUCCAUGUCGCCUCCCUCACUGCUGCUGGGCAGGCAGGGGAAACCUCACCAUGACAGCGCAGCCAGCGCAGGGCUCCUGGGGAGGAGGGCAGCAAGGUGGGGAGCCCCGAGCAUGCAGCAGGCAGCCCACAUCUACCCCCACCCCAUACACAAAUCUGAGGGGGUCAUGUGUUCCCCCAUGCUCUCCUGGGAGUGCACACAGUGGCAGGGAACCACAACCCCCCCACCACCUGGACAAGCCUCCCAUGGCUCUGUCCCACUCCCGUCCCCAGCGCCCAUGCACUGCCCUAGCUGGGAAACUCCAUCAGGCCCUGCCCCACUCCCUCCCUCACCAUGGAGGCCUCAAUCUGCCUCCCUCCCCUCCUCCCUGCAACCUCUCUAUUAUAGACUUAUCUGCAGGGAGCUGCUCUCCACGCUGCCUGGCUGUAUUCCCCAUCAUGUGCAUGUGUGCAGGCACGCACAUGCACAUGGCAUCCUCUGCGUCUCGCUCCCAGCAGCCCCAAGCAGCCUGCAAGGGGAAAUCCAUAGUUCCCAAACCUGGAUUCCUGUACAACACUGCAAAUCUGGGGCAAAUGCUGUCCCAGAGUCAUGCAGCCCAGGACCGGGACUUGAUGUUCCCAUUUCAGGACUGUCCCACCCAAUUAGGAUGGGUGGUCACCCUACAGGGCAGUGAUAGCAUGGGGCUGAGUGCCUGCAAGACCCCACAACAGGUACCAGUUCCAUGUGCACAGACAGAUUGUGGCUCUGCCCUGGGCCCCAGCCCUGCACUGCCACUGACACCCCCAAAAUCUUGCCCACCCGUCCUGCUUCAAGAUGUAGCUCCCUGCCCACCCACAGCCCCAUCCUAUCCACUUGGCCACACGCCCUGCGUGCUUGGGUCCCAGACAGUCUCCAUGAAGACCCUGGGGUCAGGGCCCAGGACAGAGCCAUGAUCCACUCUCUGCAUGUCCCUGUCCACAGCCUCAUCCUAACCACUCAUCUGAGCACAGCCACUUAGGGAGUUUUGGUGAGCUGUUGUGGGGCAGGCGCAUGGCCCUUGACCGCUCACCAAAACUCUCUUAAGUGGCCCUCCCGCCCGCCCAACUGGCUCUCUGGUUCCCAUAGACUCCACGUGUCCUGGAAAGGCAUUACUCCACAAAUCCUCCCAGGUAGAUACCACACAGGGAACACAGGAGCCUGCUUCAGCCACAGAAUUGAAGUGGCAUCUGCAGAUGGACAGCCCAGGCUCUUUCCAAGCCACAGAGAAAAUGAUCUUUUCUAUUGGCACUCAAAGCUCCUGACCACUUGCCACCAUUAAAGACCCCUAUGAAGUGAGGAUAUAAUGUCCAUGUCCUGUGCACCAGCUCCAAUGGUUCUCUUCCAAUCCACCUAACCUGUCAGGUGCAGUGGCGUUAAUAUCUCCUGCCCUGAUCAGGUGUUAGGAUGAGGUGAGUUGGACUGCUGCAUGUAGCAGGGGAGUCUAAAAAUGCUUUGGAAUUCUUCAGGAUAAAAGACCUGAAAUAUAGGCAGGCCUGGCUCUUCACUUUCCCCAGGUCCCUCUGAGGGGAAAGUAUCAGACCUUAGGAAGUCACUCACACCCCCACCUGUCUGUCUGUACCUGGCAAAAAGCAUCAACUUCUUGCCUUUUAUCUUAGACUUUACCAGUGAUACUGGGCUGCCGCUCCUGAGCCUCAGAUGGCUCAUCCACUUACCACCAGCAUCCCUCUGUCUGUCUCUCUUCUAUUGCAUGUACUUCAUAUAUCUCUCCUGCAAUCCUGAGUAAUUUAAUACAUUGUAACAAUGCCCCUACCCCAUUACUGAGAAGGGGGAAGCAAACCCCAAGAUCUGCCAGCCAGACAAGCCCACGUGCAAACUAAGAGAUAAGAAGGCUUGAGCAAAUCAUCCUGGAGCCAGGAGUUUACACAGACAGCCCUGCCUGACCAGCAGCAAAAGGUUACCCCAAGGCUGCCUGUAAUAAGCCAAAUCAGGUAUCACCUGCAGCUGCUUUGGGAAACAGGCGAUCACCAGGGCAUGAGGCCGGGGGAAUCAUAUAAACCCAGGUCCUGUAAAUUACUGGGGAGGGGAGCUUUUGAUCAGGAAGCAGCUAAGGAGGGUCUGUUAGGUUGUGCUGCCUGGGUGUGAUUGGUCAAGUUGUGUGAGCCUAUGGGGAGACAGCCCAGAGCAGGGGCUAUGUUAGUGCCCAGGGAGGGCUGCUCUGGGUGCUUGCUUAUCCGUCCUGAUGGGGUGGAAGGUUUCCCUAUGUUUUAAGUGGUAAUGUAUUGUCAUUCCAUUUGUUACUGUUUGAUUGCCCAGGAGGGAGAGUUAGUGUUAUUGCCUGGGGGCUUCUCUUUUGGUUGCAGUUCAAAUUAGACUGCAAGAUGAGGUAUUUGGAGGUUCCAUCACUGCUUUAGGGGCAAUGCUUGCCUAGAGUCCUGCUGGGGGUAGGCUCAAGGCAUUCUGAGGAAGUAGUAAGCCCAGAACAGGGCAGAUGUUGGGAGCUAGGGAUCCCAGAGUAUGGCAGACAAGGCCAAUGGAGGGCCAGGACAAAGCUGGGACCCAGAAGCCAGUGCAAGGGGCCUAGGCUACAAAAGCUGGCCGUGAGAAUGGCCCUUCCAGCCUCGAGGCCUAGCUCGAUGAGCAUAUAUGCCCCCCCCCCCCCCCCAGGCAUCAAGUUUAGCCAGGGGCUGAGGUCCAGCUUGGGAAGUCCUGGGGCAGCCUCCCUCUGCUAUAAAAACAUAAUAUCAAGUGGUGGGUGAGAGGGGAGAGUCCCCCAGAAAGAUGGUUCAAAUGGGACCUGAGCAGCCCCCUGAAGGUGCUGCAGCUGUCCCCUAGGACAAUACAAUGUGCAUUUCAGAAACAACUGUGUUUAUGAAACUAGGCUACUUAGUCAUUUGAAGCAAGUCUAUUGCAGAGAAGCAGGGCUGGAAGGGACCUCCAGUAGCUAUCUAGUCCAACCCCUGCCUGAGGCAGGAUUGUCCCUAUCCAAACCCUUUUAUACAAUCUAUAAUCUAAACUCUACAUAACACUACCCUCAACCCUGACACAACAGAUUUAACACCCUAAUCUAGCACAAAUGAAGCAGGGGAACCAUGGCAGCCAAUGUCCUGCUUUUAUGAAAUAUUAUUGAUAAAUGCUCAAGAUUUUGGGUAGAGGGCUAUGCCCCCUGCUAUAGAGGAAUGUGGAAAAACCCUACAGUCCCUACCAGUCUGACCAUGGGGUAAAAUUCCUUCUCACCUCCACCUAUGGUGAUGGGUCUGAAC